GUGGCGACUGGUGCUGAGGUGUCCAGACCAUGCCGGCCGGUGCCGUGGUGACUGGUGCUGAGACGUGGUCCAUACGGGUAGACCUGAUCAUAGGCCCCGACUCUGGGAUCUCCUACACGACGGACAAGGAAGAGUCGGCCACGCACCUGAGCAGCUUUGAUCAGGUACAGAGCAUCCAGACGCUGCAGGGCGCGUGCGAGGCGUCGCCGGGCACAGCGGCGCUCCAGCUGCGCGUGGCGGGCCGCGCCGAGCCGCUCACUCUGACGUGCGCCUCGCUCCGAGAAGCCGACAACAUGGCCGACCUGGUGGACGGCUACUGCCGGCUGGUGAACAACUCCUCCAGCAGCCUCUGGACCCGGAAAGCGGGCUCGAGUCGGUCGGGCCGCUCCGAUGGCGCCGGCUCGCCGUCGGGCCGUCGCUCGGGCCGGCCAUCGCGCUCGGCGCUCUCCGACGACUACGCCGAGAUCGUCGACGACGAGGGCGACUACAGCACCGUCGGCGCGCGCGACUACGAGCUGCCGCGCGACCACGUCCACCUGGUGGAGAUCAUCGGGGAGGGCCAGUUCGGUGAUGUAUACCGCGGCACGUACCGGACCUCCAGCAGCCAGACCACGCCUGUCGCCAUCAAAACAUGCAAGGUCGACAACGAGGGCUCGAUGGCGCACAAGUUCCUCGAGGAGGCCUACACAAUGCAGCAGUUCGACCACCCGCACAUCAUCAAGCUGGUGGGCACGUGCAGCACGUCGCCGGUGUGGAUCGUGAUGGAGCUGGCCCGCCACGGUGAGAUGCGCGCCUACCUGCGCGACAACCGGCACCGGCUGCGGCUCGACACGCUCGUCCUGUACGCGUACCAGCUCAGCCAGGCGCUCUCCUACCUGGAGAGCAAGAAGUUUGUGCACAGGGACAUCGCGGCCCGCAACGCGCUCGUGUACAGCCACGACAACGUCAAGCUGGCCGACUUCGGCCUCAGCCGCUGGGUGGAGGACCAGAGCUACUACAAGGCGUCCAAGUGCAAGCUGCCCAUUAAGUGGAUGGCGCCCGAGUCCAUCAACUUCCGCCGCUUCACCACCGCCAGCGACGUCUGGAUGUUCGGCGUCUGCAUGUGGGAGAUCCUGACGCUGGGCGUGCAGAAGCCGUUCCAGGGCGUGCCCAACAGCGAGGUGGUGGGCAAGAUCGAGGCGGGCGAGCGGCUGCCUCUGCCGGCGCGGUGUCCGCCGCGCGUCUACUCGCUGAUGCUCGGCUGCUGGCACUACGAGCCGGCCAAGCGGCCCAGCUUCGCCACGCUCAAGCAGGCGCUCCAUGAGAUCCUGCUGGAGGAGCGGAUCGCCCAAGAGGAGACGAUGCGCAGGGAGAACCGGCGCGUGCAGGCCAUGUCCUGGGGCUCCAACGACUCUGACGAGCCGCCGCCGCCGCCGAAGCCGUCGCGCCAGCCGGCGCCGGAGCGGGCCGCCUCGCCGUCGGCGCCGCUGCAGACCUACAUCGUGGCGCAGAGCCCCGAGGUGCUGGCACGCCUGAUGCGCGACAACGAGACGCGCGCCCACGCCGGCAGCUACACGGCGCCGGCGUCCGCACUCAACACGAAGCCGCCGCUGCCUCCUGAGGAGCUGGAGCGACGGCUGGAGCUGGAGCAGAGCGAGCUGCGCGAGCGGCUGGAGCGGCAGCAGCGCCAGAUGGCCGAGGACCGGCUCUGGCUCAACAGCGAGGAGAACGAACUGCGCCAGCGGCUCUCGCUGGCCACGUCUUCAGACCGCUCCGACACGGAGUCGGUGGAGGGCGGCGGAGGCGGCGGCGGCGGAGGCGGCGCGCGCGGCGUCUCGCCCUGCCACUCGUCCACAGAGCCGGCCACCGACGGCUCCAAGCCCUCCUCCAACAGCAGCUCCACAGAGCGGCCCAUCGUCGUCAAGCGUAUGGAGGUGACGCCGACGGCCGAGCUGGACCGCAGCCGGGACCGGGUGUACGACUGCACGACGGCCGUGGUGCGCGCCGUGAUGGGCCUCUCGCGCGGCGUCCAGGCCGGCCAGGCCGCCCGCUACCUGGACCUGGUCAAGGCCGUCGGCUAUGAGCUGCGCGAGCUACUGGCCGCCGUCGACAAGGAGGUGGCGGCCUUCCCGCCGGCGGCGCACAGAGAGAUCGAGAUGGCGCACAAGGUGCUGGGGAAGGACAUGCAGGACUUGGUGACGUCCAUGAAGCAGGCGCAGCGCUACAGCACCACCACCCUGGACGAGGAGUACAGGAAGUAA